UAAGGUCAAUCGCGACUGCUUUAUUUGAGUGUGAUCAAGAGCAGCCUCCUCCUUGUGACGACAGGAAAAGUCGACAGACUCCUCGGCGGCGUUGUCUUUAAAACGCUAAAGUGUCUUUUGUGUUUUUAAGUGCGGUGAAGAUGACUUACGUAGUUUGACUUACGUGGUUUUCAACAGUGGGGCGUUUGUUUUGGCACGCUAAGUAUAGACGCUAGCCAAUUAGCGCUGUUAGCUGGAGGCGUAGCUAAGUUAGCGGCGCGGCUAACUGUCACCGAGUUGUUUAGUUCUGUGUAGAAGGUUCUUCUCAAUAAACACAUGAGUGUUCCGCUGGUGGUUAUACGCCUGGAGUUAGCCGAGCAGUCUCCUUCUCCUCAGGGUUUUCAGUACUCGGCUGUUGAAGACAUGUCAGAGGAGGAGCUGCAGGAUAAGGCUCUGGGUUUGGCCAAACACACUCUGAGUGGAAAGACCGAGCUGGAAAGAGCAGCUGUGCUGCACCAGCACAUCGGCAGCAGAGCCAUGGGGGACAUGGUGAUCGAAACAUUUGAACCCUGCCCAGGAGGAGGUGAAGACCCUGGUGGUUCAGCUGAGCAGACCAGUGAAGUUCGGGCUGCAAACACUGAGGACACAGAGGCUUCACAGGACAGUGGUGUGAUGUCCAGCUCUGCUCCGGACUCUCCCUCCAAGCAGCUGCCUGAUCAAAUCUCGUUCUUCAGUGGAAACCCUUCUGUGGAGAUCAUCUAUGGAAUCAUGCACCUUUACAAGACCAACAAAAUGACUUCACUGACUGAAGAUGUAAGACGUAGUGCCAUGGUGUGUAUCCUGACCGUCCCGGCAACCAUGACCAGUCAUGACCUCAUGAAGCUUAUGGCUCCAUUUAAUGAUGUGAUGGAGCACAUGAAGAUUAUACGGGACUCCACUCCUAACCAGUACAUGGUUCUGAUUAAAUUCCGCGCACAGGCAGAUGCAGACAGUUUUUACAUGGCGUGUAAUAGUCGUCCGUUCAAUUCCAUAGAGGAAGCAGUCUGCCAGCUGGUCUAUGUGGAAAGGGCAGAGGUUGUAAAGUCUGAAGAGGGAGCCAGUCUACCAGUGAUGGAGGUCACUGAGUUGCCAAAGUGCACCGUGUGCCUGGAGAGAAUGGACGAGUCGGUCAACGGCAUCCUCACCACUCUGUGCAAUCACAGCUUCCACAGCCAGUGUCUCCAGCGGUGGGAUUAUGUCUCGUGUCCUGUGUGUAGGUACAUCCAAACACCAGAACCAGUAGAAGAGAACAAAUGCUUUGAAUGUGGUGUGCAGGAGAACCUGUGGAUUUGUUUGAUCUGCGGCCACAUCGGCUGUGGUCGCUACAUCAGCCGCCAUGCGUACAAGCACUUUGAAGAAACACAGCACACUUAUGCCAUGCAGCUCACCAACCAACGUGUCUGGGACUACGCAGGAGAUAACUAUGUACAUCGUUUGGUGGCCAGCAAGACUGAUGGGAAGAUGGUGCAGUAUGAGUGUGAGGGAGGCACAUGCCAUGAAGAGAAAAUCGAUGCACUUCAGCUCGAAUACUCCUACCUGCUCACGAGUCAGCUCGAGUCUCAGAGGAUUUACUGGGAGAAUAAGAUCGCUCGUCUGGAGAAGGAGACGUCUGAGGAGAUUAACAACAUGAAAGCUAAAUUUAAGGAAACCUUGGAGCGCUGUGAUAACUUGGAGCAACACUUGGGAGAAUUGACCAAUCAGAAGCAGGGCAUGGAGAAAAAGUUGGCUCAGACAAACAGCAGAGUGCUGAAGCUGGGCCAAGAGUUGAAGGACGAGCAGGAAAUGAACCGCUGUCUGCGAGUCAAUCAGACACAACUGCAGGCACAGCUGGCAGAGAAGGAACGCAAAGGAAAAGAGAGCGGAGAUCGUAAAGACACGAUGAUCUCAGAACUGCAGGAGCAGCUGAGAGAUAUGAUGUUUCACCUGGAGACGCAGCAGCAGAUCGAUCAUCUGCCUUCUGAGGCUCGCAGUGAAAUCCAGGAGGGACAGCUCAAUGUACCAGACGCCCCAGCAGACGGCGCUCCAGGCUCAGCAGAAGUAGGCCCCGCCUCCAGCAGAGGCAGGAGAGGACGGGGCAGAAAGAGGAAGUAGGCAGUGCCAACAUUUCCUGGAAAGAGCUUAGAAACUGUCGCUGCCUUUCAUACAUCAGAGCACACGCAGGACACAUGAUGACUGAACAUCUUUAAAACAGAGUAGUGUUCUCUUUCCACAGAAACAAACGUGUGUGUGGAGUGUUAAGUCAUGAAAUUCUCAACCAAUCCAAAUCUAUUUUGGUUGUAAAUGGUAUUUAUUUGAUCGUGUAAUUCUCUGUAACCGCACUACUUACCAAAGUCUGAAAAUGUAAAGGUACUACUUUUAAUUUGACAUGUGAGAGCUGGGCAGAGAGAAGCUGCUUUCUGAAUGUAUUUGCUUUGUUGAAAGUAAAAUUCUGAUGAUGUUUUUCUACUGUU